AUGUCGUUUAAGUGUUCCUCUUCGUGCUCCAUAUGCAAGAGGCGCCAUCAUGCGCUACUACAUCGAGAUCAGGAACCGUCGAAAUCCGCUCCUCCGGCUGCCAUAUUAGGCCGCCAACAAGAUCCAACGGUCUUGCUCGGGACCUCUUUGGUACAUGUACGAGAUACAAUUGGCAGUUGCCAGACCGUGCGUGCUCUGAUCAAUUCGGCUUCGCAGAUCAGUGCAAUCACAUCGGCUUGCUGUAACCGUUUGGGAUUACAGCCCUCGCGAUGGACAGUACCUGUGACUGGUCUUUCCGGCCAGAAGGUUCCGGAUGUGCAGGGUAUUGUUCAGCUGACGAUCCACCCAAGGGAUAAGCCAACGCCAGCGAUCCAGGUCAAGCCUUGGGUACUCUCUACCAUCACGUCAGAUAUGCCAGCUCGACAACUGACAGUUCAGGUACGAGCCAAAUGCAGCCACCUGAUGUUGGCCGACCCAAGCUUCGAUGAGCCAGCUCCAGUUGACUUCAUUGGCGCGGAUAUAUUUCCCCAAGUAUGGAAGAACAAGUGCAGCUCGCUGGGUCCAGGUUUCCCUUCCGUUUACAGCUCAGUAUUUGGUUGGGUGCUAAUUGGUCCCGUUCAGGAGCACCCAGAUAUUGGCGCACAAGCCAUGUUGGUGUCUCUAGUAUCGUCCAUGGAAUCCAUCAUGGAAAGGUUUUGGAAGGUGGAGGAACCUGAAGCUGCUCCGCCUCAGUUCACCGAAGACGGAUUGUGUGAAGAACUGUUCAAUUCAGAGAUGCGCAGGGAUUCCCGAGGUUGGUUCGCGGUCGCCCAGUUAAAGAUUUUCCGGGUUCACGACAAGUGGCGUUAA